AGUUUCAGAUAUGACAAUACGAAUUGGUGCAUCUGUGGGUGAAUGUUUGAGGCUUGAUCUAGAGUGGAUGAGGAUUCAACAGAAAACCUAGUGACUUGCUGCAGGAACAGACACAUUUGCAUGAUGCCUGUAUCAAAGUGCUCAUUCAUGUUUGCUCAACCUGUGCUGCCUGCCCCUCAAAUUCUGACAUGGGCCAUGGAGAUUUUCUUUGCUGGAAGCAAGAUGAGGCUGCUUCAGUGACUCCCAUCAUUGAUAAAGGGGAAGAUGGCCUGUUGUCGGAGUGAAGAAGAGAAAGAGCAGCAGCGCAUAAGCAGGGAAAUCGAGAAGGAGCUAAGGCGAGGGAAACGGGAUGCACGUCGAGAGCUCAAGCUUCUUCUUCUGGGGACUGGUGAGUCAGGGAAGUCCACGUUCAUCAAGCAGAUGCAUAUCAUCCAUGGGAACGGCUACUCUGAAGAAGACAAGAGGGGCUUCAUCAAGCUCAUAUAUCAGAACAUUUUCCUCGCCAUCCAGACGAUGAUAAAUGCCAUGGAGCUUCUCAAACUCCAAUAUGAGAAUCCUUCUUUUUAUGAUAAAGCAGAGCUUGUGAAGUCUGUGGAUCAUGAGAAAGUGACAACAUUUGAGGAGCCCUAUGUGAGUGCCAUUAAAGCCCUCUGGCAUGAUGCAGGAAUUCAAGAAUGCUACAGCCACAGAAAGGAGUACCAACUGACUGACUCUGCCAAAUAGAUGGUGGAUGUUGGAGGGCAACGUUCAGAGCGACGCAAGUGGAUCCAUUGCUUUGAGAACAUCACCUCCAUCAUCUUUCUUGUAGCCUUAUCCGAAUAUGAUCAGGUUCUCUUUGAGUCAGAGAAUGAGAAUCGGAUGGAGGAGAGCAAGGCCCUGUUCAAAACAAUCAUCACAUACCCGUGGUUUCAGCAGUCCUCUGUCAUACUCUUUCUCAACAAGAAGGACCUGCUUGAGGAGAAGAUGAUGUAUUCGCACCUUGUGGACUACUUCCCUGAGUAUGAUGGUCCACAGAAAGACCCCAUAGCUGCAAGAGAAUUCAUCCUGCGAAUGUUUCUAGACCUAAAUCCUGAUGCCAAGAAGAUUAUUUAUUCUCAUUUCACAUGUGCCACAGAUACGGAGAAUAUCAGGUUUGUGUUUGCAGCUAUGAAGGAUGCAGUGCUUCAAUCAAAUCUGGAGGAGUAUAACCUGGUGUAGGAAAAGAGACAUGGACUCUUGAAAGAGAAAAAGAUAUUGAGGCAAAAGACUGAGCAGAAACGAAGCAGACGCUCGAACUAGUCUGUAUCCUCUUCCAUCCAAUCAUCUAUUGAUUCCUCACCUCUCGUUCCAUCAGUGCUCUCUCUUUUGUCUGUUUUGUCAAAUGAUUUGUUCAUCUUUAUGCUUGUGGCUCCCUUUUUUAACCUGCCACUCUCGACUUGAGAUACGAUAUGGAACGAGUGACUAUUCGCUACCACUGCAUCAGUGUGAGCUGUGCUGGUCUUGAAACUAUCCAGUGAUUAAUCAUGUUAUAGUCAAUACAAUGAAUACUCAGCCUACAAGGAUACGACAAUAAGUAUUGAAGCUGAUGGCACUUGUCAUUGUCUGGUUGUGGUCAAAGUUGAUCUGAAGAAGGAAGGAGUGGAGACACUAAGGCAAUAUGGUCUCUAUGAGGUGCCCAAUUUCUUCCUGUAAGGUCUCACCUUAUCCCAUCCCUCAUUUGCCAACCUGGAAACAUUUCAUUGUUGAAAUUCUUAGAAGUUAUUGAAGGUGAAUUUCCUUUUAGGUCGCACCUGAGCCGUACCUGCGAGUAUCCAUUCUGUGAAGUGUCUAACCUCUGAUUAGAUUAAUUCAGAAGCUCUUGAACCUUCCCUUGGGAUCCCAGUGACUUCUCCAAGCUCUCAUGUGGAGGAAGCACGGAACUCAGUCCUAGCUCGUAAGGCAGAGAAUCGGUCGUACUUAGUGCUCGUGGAUCCCGUUCGCAGUUUGCAUCGUGAGCCAGGAUGCAAUUGCGUUUGCCAAAGAAAAAGCAGAAAGCAUAAAAGAACCAAGUGAAAAGCAACUCUCCUGGAAGUCUUCAUAGGUGCUUCCUCAACGAGUGUUGUAGCUUCCUUUCCUGCCCUGCUGUUUUGCAUGAAGGUCUUCUGAUCAACUGACUGCUGUGGUCACGGGGCUGACACGAUUCACUAUUUUUUGUGAUGAUUGGGCAUUUCAGUGGCUGAAUUGUUUUGGGACUAAUGUAUUGGUUUCCUCACCGAAGACAAUGCGAUUUCGAGAAGGCAUUUUAUGCUGAGAGUGCCUAGCUUCGCUUCCUCCAUUCCAUGUUACCAUCUCUGACAAGAGUUUCAUAAACUUCUUAUGAUGAUCCUUGAA